UUCUCGCUGCGGCAGGGACCAGGAAGACGAGCGCUGGACGUGCUGGUCCACGAGUGGCUCCCAUGGGACUGGAGGCAAGAAGACGAGUAGAGAAGCAGCACAUAUGUGAUACACGCUGCAAGAAGCCCAUGCUAAAGCUCUAUAGAUGCCCCUCCAUUGGCACGAUGAAGAAAAAUCCGCUGACUCAGCUCUGCCUCGCUCUACUUCUCUCCCUGCCACCGGUCAGCGGGCAGCUGAUCAGUGGCCCGCUGGACUGUCGGAAACAGUGCGUGUGUGCCAGCGACAUCAUCAGCUGCUCCAGAGUCAAUCUCACCUACGUUCCCGUCCCGCUUCCAAAGUACACGUCCGUGUUGGACCUCAGCUUCAACGCCAUCGGCCGACUGCGAGCCGAGUGGACGCCCGUCCCACUGACGCGCCUCCGCACUCUGCUGCUUGCCCACAACAGCCUCAACUUCCUCUCCUCUGAGGCGUUCGCGCACGUGACCGAGGUGCGCUACCUGGACUUGUCUUCCAACGAGCUCCGCCAGCUGGACGAGUCAAUCUUCGGACCCCUGAAGAAGCUGGAAGUACUUUUGCUCUACAGGAACUUGAUCUCGCAAAUCGACCGCUCCGCCUUAUUGGACCUUGAAGGCCUGCAGAGGAUCUACUUGAGCCAGAACCAGAUCUCACGCUUCCCCUUGGAGCUGGUGAAGGAGCGAACCCGCGUGCAGAAUAUCACGGUGCUGGACGUCUCCUCCAACCGCAUCAAAACGCUGACGCCUCAGGAGCUUGGAGCUCUGCCCGCCUGGAUCGCCAACGGUCUGUACUUCCACGACAACCCGCUGCCGUGCAGCUGCGAUCUUUUCCAGCUGGUUGCACGUUGGCAGCUCAAAAGUCUCAGCUCCGUCGUGGACUUCAAGAGCGAGCACACUUGUGUCCUGGCUGGUACGCCCAAACAAAAGGUGCCCACGCUGGACCUGUACAAAGCCUACCUGAACUGCAGCCAGGUGAAGACUACGGACAGAGAAGCUUACCUGGAGCAGUCCUUGGUGCUGGACUGUGACACCAAGCAAAGGAACAUGGCAAAGAGCUGGACGCUGCCGGGAAACGCCACCGCUUUGACACUUCCGGACGGAAACCUUCAGCUGGGGCCGCUGAAGGAAGAUGACUCCGGCGUCUACACCUGCUACGCCACCAGCGACGUCCUCAACGAGACCUUGUACGUCACCGUGGUGGUCUUCAACGCUACGGUCGACGGCGGCAUGGAGAAUCUGAAGACGGCGUACACCACGCUCAUCGCCUGCUUGGUGAGCAUCGUGAUGGUUUUCAUCUACCUCUACCUCACGCCGUGUCAGGGAGCGUGCUGCCCGGUUCACGACCCUGAGAAGAACGACCCGACGGGCAGCCUACGCUCUUUUGUCGUCAGUAUCGCCCACGCCGACACGCAGACGGCGGCUGAACAGGGAGGCGGAGACUUGGCCAAGGACUUGAUGGAGCAGAACGGCAGGUUGAACCCCUUGAGUGAAACGAGGAGGACGUCUGUCAGCUCGGACACGCCGAUGAUGGUCUGAGAAGCAUUUCCUGUACUGGUGGUCUAAGAAAUACUUCCUGUAUAAAAGUACAACAGCAGCAACAGUAAGUACAGGAGAUCUUGUCAAGGGUUAACAUGACUACACAAGUAAAACUAGGAAGUACUUUCAAGUGGUCCUAUGGUCGUGACCAGAUUUGGUCAUUAGGGCGUUAGGGUUAGGGGUAUGAAAACUAAGAAAAGUAUGAAAAAGAACAUUCAUAUCAUCAUCUGUGUCAGUAGAACAUUUCAGCCUACAAGAAUUCCACUUCUAACUAGAGAAAACACGUUGCGGUAAGUUGUAGAUGUUUACGUUUUACCUGCGCGUAUGCUCUAAUUAGCGCUGUUAUAACGUCACAAGUGACUGGAAAAUGUGCAUCUUUUGUAGUAGUAGUGUCUAUCUCUCUCACACACACACACACGCACACAAACACCAACUAAGUACCAAGUAUCAUUAAAAUGUAGCUUCUAAAUAAAUUUGGAAGUUACUUGCAAGUUACUCAGUACUUGAUUAGCUUUUUCACUGAGUCAUAUUACUCUCUGACUUGGGUAAAAUGUUUGACUACUUUACUCAUUUCUAACAAUACAAAUAUAAUACAAAUAUUUUAUUUGAUUAAAUUAAGACUUUGUUCCAACAACCGUACAAUUUUUUAUUUACUACAAUAAUAUGGUGGAAACGUUUAAAUCAUUUAAUUCCAGUAGUUUUUUAAAUUCUAACAAUUCUAUGACUCUUCUCUUGCAAUAUUGAGAUGUAUUUUUUUAUUCUUAUGAGAAUAAUGUGUACAUUUUUUUGUCUACUCAUAGUUAGACAAGCAUUUUAUCCCCUAAAAUGUAUUUCAUUAUUUAUUGUUUGGAUGACUACUUUACAUUUUUACCUGAGUCAUAUUAGUCUAAAGCAGUCCUUCCGAAAUAGUGGGGCAGGACCCGAGGGGUGGGGCGCGGUGCGAUGCAGGAACAUGUUGUUGGUUUUUUUGGCGUACUAGAAUUUGACGAAGCGCAUGUAACGUUUGGCAUCACUCUGACUAUUGUUGGAGACGAGAAAAGAUCGGUGUGUUGUUUUCUUAAUGUUAUUAUGUGAUUCAAUGUUAUGCAGAGGCGUACUUAUUACAAUUUUAUAGUCUAGACAAAUUAUACUAUUUAUAGUCUCGGUGGAGAGUGCAGGAGGGCAAAAUAUUUUCUUCCUCCACAGGGGGGAGGACACAGAAAAUAAUUGAGAAGCACUGGUCUAAAGUAACAGUACUUUUCAAAAAAAUUGAUAAUAUAUAUGAUAAUAAUAUUGUGUUUAAUUUUAAAUAAUUGUCUUAAAGUAAUACUAUUUUAUAUACUGAAAUGUAUUUUUAAUAUGUUCAUUUUUUCUUGUCUACUCAUAGUCAGACAAGUGAUUUCCCACAAAAAAUAUUCUAUUAGUAAUAUCUGGAUAACUUUUUUUUAACUUUUACUUAAGUCAAGGUUUAUUUAAACAUCUCUGGCCAUGACCCUUCAGAAGAUCAAAUACAAUUUUUGUCUGCACAAACUACUGCUUAACAACGGGUUCAUCAGCGAAAACGAUGUCAACAUUCACAAGCCUCCCUUCUUUUUUUUCUUUUUUUUAACAUUUGUUUAUUAAUAUUCAGACACAUUUAAAUGACAUGUACAUCAAAUGCUGUCUUUUACGAACUUCCCUCCAUAAUUGCAUCCAGGAAGCCAUCUUUGCUCAGGGGACACAAAUGUGUGCGAGGACGUGAAACAUUUGUGCACAUUAGUGCCCAACCCUGAACAAACAUUCCAGUCGUCAUAGUAACAUAAUCAUUACCUAUAAACAGUGACAUAAUUAGUCAUUAUAAUCAGCAACAUUAUAGUGCAAGUCAAACAUUGCUGUAGAAGCAACUGGACAAACAUUUGUAUCAUAUCAUCCUGAGAACAUGCGUCCUCUGCAGGCAACUUGUGUGUUUUUGGGGGUUUGUUUGCAUAAAAGUUAACAAGGUUAUUUAAAAAAAAAUUUUUUAAAUGUGUAACUUAGACAAAAACAAUUAAAUAUUCACUGCAGAGCACGCUGGUUCUCAGAAAUCUAUGUCAGAUUGACCCUACCUUAAUUAAUGUGUCUUUGUUGUAAGUAGUAUUAGGGCUUCCCUGGGAGGAAAUUAAAAGUUAAAGUUAAAGUACCAAUGAUUGUCACACACACACGAGGUGUAGCGAAAUUAUUCUCUGCAUUUGACCCAUCAUCCUUGAUCACUGGGAGGUGAGGGGAGCAGUGAGCAGCAGCGGUGGCAGCGCCCGGGAAUCAUUUUUGGUGAUUUAACCCCCAAUUACAACCCUUGAUGCUGAGUGCCAAGCAGGGAGGUAAUGGGUCCCAUUUUUAUAGUCUUUGGUAUGACUCGGCCGGGGUUUGAACUCACAACCUACUGAUCUCAGGGCGGACACUCUAACCACAAGGCCACUGAUGAGCAUAAAAUUGUAAUUUGGUGUUGGGGGAAAAAAAUCAUCCGCAAUUCUUAUGAGACAAGAACACAUGUAUUUCUCUUUUCUGUGCCUUCUAAAUAGUGAAAAACUGCUAGUGCAAGUAAUGGGAAUUCAUCUAUUUCACCUAUGAAGAGCUCUAAAAAAAACAUCCAAAAAGAGCUAACAAUGUUUUGUAUACAUGCCGUGACCUGCAUAUUAACCUAGCCAUAGCAACAUUUCUAUUGUAGGAACUACUUUUCUGGCGUAGUAACACAGUGUCUCACUCCGGCCGCUAGCAAGAAGCAAUGCUAGCUAACUAGCUACAUGAGUCUCUUCUACUGCUGCCAACCAGGUAGACUUGACAGGUAUGCCUGGUUGGUCACGCCUAUAAGAACAGCUGAUAGACAACACGUCACAGUGAUCAGGUGACCCUUCUAAGAAUACUGUAGAUGACAGUCGAAACAUGUCAGGUAAAAAUUCUGUCUGAUUACAAGAAAAUGUGAAAAGUACAUGAAUAAGAAGACAUAAUGAACCUUUUAAGCAACUUAAAGAAUUACUCGGGUACGAAUGUGUUAAUAAUAAUAAUAAUAGAUUUUAUUUGUAAAAAAAGCACUUUAUAUUGAGUAAACAAUCUCAAAGUGCUACAGUGUAUUAAAAAAAUAAAUAAAUAAAUAAAAAAGAUAAUAAAGAAAUAAAUAAAAAUUAAAAACUAGAACAGCCAAAUAGCUACAGCUAUUAUACACAUCUAAAAAAGGCUUUUUUUAAAAAAAGAAAUGCUUUUAAGCCUUUUUUAAAAGCAUCUACAGUCUGUGGUGCCCUCAGGUGGUCAGGGAGAGCUUUCCACAGACUGGGAGCGGCGGAGCAGAAAGCCCGGUCUCCCAUUGUUCGUAGCUUUGUCCUCGGAGGUUGGAGGAGGUUAGCCUGUCCGGAGCGGAGGUGUCAUGCGGAGGAUUUGGGGUGAGUAGUUCUUUGAGGUAGAGGGGGGCGUUUCCAUGGAGGCACUGGUGGGUUAGCAGGGAGACCUUGAAUUCAAUCCUGAGUGGAACAGGAAGCCAGUGAAGGGAUUUGAGAAUAGGGGUGAUGUGGUCAUAUUUCCGCACUCUCAUCAGGAUCCUAGCAGCACUAUUCUGUAAGUACUGCAGCUUCUGGGUGUUCUUGCUGGGGAUCCUGACAAGAAGCGCGUUGCAGACGCAAAAGUCUUCCUCCGCUUGGAGAGACUUGAGAAAACACGAGCACGAUGCAAAAAAUAUGUACGAUUCAACCUCCAAUGUAGAGACGAGGACAUUACGGCAACAAGCCUCAACAUAAAAAACCCUAUGAAAACCAAAAACGCAGAAAAAAUCAUUAGCAUAGUACGAAAAUAACUACUGAAGGAAAGGGUACGGAUCACAGCGAACAAGAUUAACAGGAUCACAGAGCAAACAUAAGCGGAAAUGGACAACUUCAAGUAAAACUCCCCAACUGAACACGAUACAGACACAAACAAGUUAAUAGAAACACAUCUCAAACUCAUCUACGAACAAGAAUUCGCCAUAACCAAAGGAUGGCAGAUAAAUAAAUUAAAUAAGCUUAUCGACAGAAAAAGGAAAGAACAGCUGAUAGGCAACACGUCACAGUGGUCAGGUGACCCUGCUGAAGAAGACUGCGGAUCACAGUCGAAACAUGUCAGGUAAAAAUGUUGUCUUAUAUACCGAAAAUAUUGUCUAAUUACAAGAAAAUGUUAAAAGUUGUACUGCCAAUGUUUGACCCUUUAGAAGGCACAGAAAAGGAACAUAAGGAUUGUGAAUGAUAGACAAAAUUCCAAGAAAGUGCAGUUUUCCUUUAAUGAGGUGGCCACACACUAAUUAAAUUGAUUUCAAUUCAUUUCAAUGGGCAAAGUGGUUUCGCAAUACAAGAUUUUCAAAGGCACGAGUUGCGUGACAUAAACUUUUCAUAAGAUUACCUUUUUUAUCCGAUUCGGUUUCCAACAAAGAUUUGCGCCAAAAUUUUACCAGGAUUGUUGUACACCGUCUUCCACCUGGACUGUUCAGAUCGUCUUAAAAGACGUUUCGGCUCUCGUCUGAGCAGGCUUCACCAGUUCAGGCUGUCAGACACAGAUAAAACAGCUCUAGUCUGCAGGAUGGUGACGGAUCCAAAGUAUUUAUCCUUUUUCCGGAGGGGUAGAACCACUCUGGAUCCAGCACCGUGCGCUCAGACUAGACCGGUUUUAAUUAAUCGAUUUAAUGCCCUGACAAUUAAAAUAUACUUUAUUCUAUUUUAAAACAUCCCCCUCAUAACAUUACAUCUUAAUUCCGUCAUUGUUUUACCUUUUUAUCCGUGGAUGCGGCCCCUAAGGCUCCUUUUAUAGCUUGCUGCUUAGCUUGAUUUAAAUCUUUGAAUGGUAAUUACGCUCUCACUUUAUCACAAUAGAGAAACCUUAUGUGAAAUUGUGCCUCUGCUGAAUUCAAUAUUAGGACGCGAAAACAGGAAUAAUGUAAAUAACCAGGUCUAAAUUCCAAACCUCAGUUUUUAUUAUCAUUAUAGCCAAUAGAAGCAUGGUGUCAUGGGUAUUUGUAGCGAUACUACUGCGGAGUGUCUUUAACACUGAUUUAACGCCUGGAAUGCGAAGCGACCUUGUGGCUAAGGCUAGAGAUUCUGCUUGUACACGGUAAAUAAAAGCUUGGCAAGUGUAGCACAUUGAAUAUUCAAGGGGUCACUUGAAGGAGAGGAGCUCAACACUGUGGUCUUUUUCUCUGGAGGAAAAUACUGUUGUUCACUUCAGACCUCGGCUCGACUGUCAACUGCCACAAUUAUGCCGUGAGCAGUGCCAGAUAUUCAAUCUAUGCUAUAAUUAAGCCAAAGAAAAUUAAAAUGCAAAAUAUGCAUAUACUGCAUGUGUGUAUGAACAUGUUCUUGUCUUGCAUAUCGUCCUUGAUGUUCACUUCCUGUGUGGCCCCGUGUCCCAAUACUUUUGUCCAUAUCCUCCUGAGUGCCAGCGUCCUCUACAGUGGACAUUUGUGUUUUGAGCUGUUUUUAUUCUGAAAUGCGGAACUCUGACGAAGGAGUAGAGUAAUCCCUCGUAUAUCGCUGUUAAUUGGUCUCGGGCCUGGUCGUGGUGAGCAGAACUAUGGAUAAUAAAUUGAAUAUUUUCAUAGCCAAAGCAUAAAAAAUCUGUUUAUGUCCUUCUACAGUAAAUCAGAUGAUCAGAAUCAGCUUUAUUGGCCAAGUACAUUCAACACACAAGGAAUUUGAGUUGGUAGUCUGUGCUCUUUGUUUUAUAUAUUAACGAUGAAAAGGUAAAGAAGUACUUAAAUAACUAAUAUGUGCAAGGCUAACAAAAUAAUAGUGCAGUGGCGAAUAGAGCAAAGAGCAGAAAAGAUUAAGUAAACAUGAGUUAAAGUUAAAGUACCCAUGAUUGUCACACACACACACUGAGUGUGGCAAAAUUAUUCUCUGCAUUUGACCCAUCGCCCUUGAUCACCCCCUGGGAGGUGAGGGGAGCAGUGAGCAGCAGCGGUGGAGGGAGUACCAAUGCUAACUCUAACAUUAUGGGAGCCCUUCCAACAUGAAAUAACACACCCACUAAGUCACUUUUACACUCUUUUAAUCUAAUAUAGCAAUUGGGACUGUGUAUUUUCCAUAUUUGAAUCGAUACGAGUACUUUUGUGUGUGUUCAAAUGUGUGAAUAAAUGUUAACAAUUUAAAAAAAUAUGUUUUUAAUUCAACACUGAGCUGUGCAGUCCACUGAAUGUCAUGUGCAAGUAUUAGUCAAAUUUGCACGCAUACGUUAGAUGGCAGUAGUGUUUUGACUACGAAAUGUUGCCUUAGUCAGGAAGUAGUCUAUGCCGUUAAGCUGAAUAGGCCAGUCUUUUCUUUUGUUGAGUAAUGCACUAAAUACUGUACUUACUUCGCACCAGCUGUUUGUAACGUGCAUCUCAGAGGUGUUAAAAUCGCCAUGUAAAAUCGCUAAUGUCUAUGGUAUAGUCAAUGUGAAUUAGCAUCAAGCUAGCUCAUUUUAAAAAGUGGAGCCUUGAAAGCCUUUUAAGCGACUUCUUCUUGCUUUGUUGGUAUGGAAAAUUGUAAGGAAGGCUGUCCAGCGGAGUGCGCUCUGAGGGCUUGUUUCCCGACCAAGUGCUUGAGCCGAGUGCUAGGUCACCAGACGUGACGUCACAUACAACUUUUAAGUAUUAAAAUAUGGCACCGUUUGAUUGUAUGUGAAUCGGUACCAGACUAGGCUUUGGUACCAGACUAGGCUUUGGUACCAUCCCAAGAGUAAAGUUGUCUUAUGCAGAGUCCUUCACUGGCCACGAUACUAAAUGUAAACGUCACGCUCUGAUUGGUUUAGUCUCACAUAGUGGCAAAUAACACUGUAGUAUUGAUCUUUUUAGUUAAUUUAGUCAUUUAUAUUUAGGCAAAAAAUACCUAAGAAUAUGCUUAAACUCAAACACUGCCCACUGGACUGGACGCUGAUUCUCAGGAGGAUCUGUGCUAAACUAUAAGAAAACAUGACAUUCCUUUUAGAUCAUUGCUGACAAUUUCAGCAAAGCUGCCCUUCUGUAAGUGUCUGUGUUUGUGUGUGUGUAUGUUUGUAGUGCAAAUACUAUUAAACUUGUAUCUGCUAAGUGGAAGUGUGCUGGCUGCUCCUACUGUGUUACACUGAUACAAACUCUGCAUUAGAGUGAAAUGUGAGAUGGCUGAUGUGAUCUUUAUCGUGUCAGACAAACAUCUAUUCCACUUGUCUAUGUCUGAUGUGUGCUCUUUCUGUCCAUGGUAUACUUGAUAUUGGUCUAAAGCAAUGUAAAGUACUGCAGUAAUAAUAAAGUACUAUACAAAUUAA